ACGACACAGAAAAAGAAGAAAAGUAAACGCGAAGGGGACAACAAAGCAGAAGGGCCAAAUAAACGAUCGGCGGGGAGAAAAACAAAAGUAACUAGCUAAUAUUCAACCGGAAAGGCCAAGCAAAGCCGGCAAAACGGAGGCGCGCAGGCUAGCGGAGAUCGCGGCGAUGGAGAAGAAGGCCAAGGAGUCGCUGCGCCGCUACAAGAAGGCCGCCCGCCACAGCGCGACGCACUCGAGCAGCUCGGACUCCACGUCGGAUUCGGACAGCGGCAGCAGUUCGUACAGCAGCACGGACAGCGAGCAGGGCGGGGGUGGUGGUGGCGGAGGAGGCGGGGGCGGUGGCUCCGGAGUGGGCGGUGGGGUGGGCGGACCAGGUGGCCCACCCGGCCAUCCGCAUCCACAUCCGCAUGGCGGCCAUCAUCCGCGCUCCGCGGAGCGACAUCAUCGCAAGAAGAAGAGCUCGCGGCGCGGCGGCAGCUCCUCCGGCGACGAACCGUCGUCGCGUCGCAAGCGCGAUAAGCGGGAUCAUGUGCAAAAGAAGCUGGUGGCCAAGCGGAAUCACAUCAAGCGGAAGCUGAAGGAGGCGCGGCUGAAGAAGAGGGCGGCCGCCGCCCUGAGCGGUCAUGUCCAUCGCUCCCUGUCGCCGACGACGCGGGCCAAGCUCAAGAAGCUCGCGGAGCGGAAGCGGCUGAGGGCCGCCAGCAAGGAGCAGCGCGAGCGGGACAAGCUGCGCGCCGUCCAGCGGGACAGGGAGCGCGACCACCAUCGGCUGGGCAGCAGCAGGAGUCCGCCGAGCAGCAGCACCACCACCACCACCAAGAUACGCAUCCACCAGGAUAUCGUGGGCAAGCGGCAAAAGAGUCCAGGUUUGGGUUCCGGCCUUGGUGGCGGCGGGAGCAGCUCCUCCUCGCGCAUGCACCACCAGCUGAUGUCGCGGGAGAAGAUCAUCAUUCAGACGCGGGCCCGCGGACGCACUCCGUCCCUGGAGCGGGAGCGGGAACGGGAGAGGGAGCGCGAAAGGGAGAGGGAGCGCGAGCGGCAUGAUCUCUCCCUGCGCGAGCGAGAUCGCCGGGAUCGGGAGCGCGAGCGUGCGGAGCGAGAGGCGGCCAGGGACAAGGAGCGCGCGGAGGCUUUGGCGCGCUGCCAGGAGCGUCAGCGGGAGCGGGAGCGCUUGGCCCGCGAGAAACUGCGCCGCCAGGAGGAGGAGGAGGGCGGCGGCGGCGGCGGCAAGCGGGGCGGUCCUGGGCGAGACUUGGAUCUGCCGCCCUACGGCAGUCGGGAGCGUUCGCUGGACACUGUGGAAAGGGAACGGGAACGAGAACGAGGCGGUCGUCAUGUGCGCGACAAGCGGGAGUUGGACCCUUACGAGCGGGAGCAGGAGUAUCUGGAGGAGCGACAUGGCCACGGGCUGAUGGACGAGAUGCGGAGGUAUCGACGCAGGGAUUUAAGUCCCUUGCCCGAGCACUAUGCGCCCAGGAUGCGGGAUCCGCGGGAAAUGUACUCCGAGGAGGAGCGAGAGAGGGCCUACAAGCGCGCCUAUCUGGACGCCCGCUACUCGUCGCGGGAGCGAGAGGCCUGGCUGGAGGCCCGCGAGCUGCGGGAGCGGGAGCUGCAGGGACGCGAGUACCGCGACCUGGAGGCCGAGGACAGCCUGUAUCCGGACGAGCGGGAGCGUCUGAUCCGCGACAGGGAGCGGGAUCGGGAGCGGGAACGGGAACGCGACAGGGAGCGGGAGCGCAAUAUUGGGCCGCGCGGCGAUUUCCGGCCGGAUUGGGAGCGCGACUGGGAUGAGGAGGGCGGCGGCGGCGGUGGCGGCGGUACCGGUGGUCCCGGACCCAGUGGAACCCCCGGCCGACCGCCCGGUGGCUUUGUGGGCGGACCCAAGCGGGGCAAACCCUCGACGCAUCCGGGCGGAGGACCUCCGCCGCAGCAGCAGCAGCACCAUUCCGCCUCGGAGCCCGACUGGGAUGCCGACGAGCGGGAGAGGGAGAGAGAGCGCGAUCGGGAGCGUGACAGAGAUCGCGAGGAUCGCCCGGAUGGAGGAGGCGCCGACAGGCCUUCCAUUAAAAGCGAGCCCGCCUGGCUGGAGCACGAUCAGCGGGAGAAGCCGCGCGCCUGGCAGCAGCAGCAGCAGCAAUCCUCAAAUUCCGGCGGCGAUUGGCGGGACAACGAUGACGCACCGCCACCGCCAUCCAACCAUCCGCAUCCAGCCUCCCCGCAUCAUCAUGUUCAUGCGCGUGGCGAGCGAGGAUCGGGAAGGGGAUUUCGACGAGGCGGCGGCGGCGGCCAUCACGAUCACGGCGAGCGUCCCGGCUACAGAUCGCAUCCGCCGCCGCUGAUGACGCUGCCCGUGCAGCCACCGGGCGGCUAUUCCCGUGGAUUUCCCCACAAGCGAUUGCCCUACGGCGGUGGCCGGGAUGCAGGAGGAGGAGGCGGUGGAUCGUCCGCCAGCUUUCCCAAGAAGCAGCAUGCCCAUGCACCGCUCGUCUCGCCCACGCAGACGCCGCUGCUGAAUCCUCUAAUGAAUGCUGGCGGAGGAGGAGGAGGAAGCGCAGCCGGGAAGCCCAAUGCAGCCGCCCAGGCGAGCGCCGUGGCGGCCGCAACCACCGCAGUGGCAGCCGCGAAGGCGGCGGCCCAGAGCGCCGCCAAUGCCACCACCAAUCCCGGAAUACUCGCUCAGGUGAGCAAACUGAACGCGGUGUGCAUCAAGCAGGAGGACGCCUCGGAGGACUCGGCUGGCACCCCGGAGCUGGGCGCCCAGGAUUCGCCCACUCAGAAUCUGAUCGGCGAGGGAAAUCCCGUGAAGCUGGAACCAAUGCGCUCGACGGCAGCGACGGUGGAGGGCGAGCUGAGCGAGAUCAGCGACAGCGACGAUGACAUACUGAACAAAACGGACAAGGUGCGGCCCAAGAGCGAGCUGCCCGCGGAAAUGGAUCAGGAAAUGGAGGCCAACGGGGAGGAGGCCAAGAACGAGUGCCUGCAGAUCAAGGGCGAGGAGGUGGACGAGGUGCUGGACUUUGAGGAGAUAUCCGAUGGCGAGCUGGAGGAGGACGCUCGGCACAAAGGCAUCGGCGACGCCCUCGGCGUGGACUGGCAGGGAUUGAUAGCCGAGACCCGGCAGCAGGCCAGCGAGGCGGCGGCGGCGGCGGCCCAGCAGGGCGUGGAUCGUGGCACCUCGGCCAAGCAGCGUUGGCAGCCGCAUCGCGUGCUCCUCGACAUGGGCAUUUCGUUUGGCAUGGCCGGCGAGAGCUACGCGCGUCGCGUGAUGGAGGAGGCGCGCCAGCAGCUCGUCCAGGAGAAGGAGCGUGAGCGGGAACGCAGGGAACUGGAUGGCGACGGAGAGCCGCCGGCCAAGAUAACCUCGUCCCUGAUGGACUAUCGUGAGUUCCUGGCCAGUUCACAGCAACUGGAGCCCUUGGCCUGCGUGCAGAUGGGUCUGCGCAGCGCCGCCGCCGAGCGCCAGCGACUGGUGGGCAAUGUCUGUGGGCCGGGAAGUCGAGCGCUGAGUGCUCGCCAGGAUCUGCGACUGCGCCGCCAGCUGUGCGGCCUGCCGGCCCGCGAGUGCGAGUUCCCGCGCAGCGUGCCCAUCGUGGGCGAGGGACUGCGAAAUUUGGCCAUGCAGAUGUUCCAGCGACGGCUGCUCGAUGUCAAAUGAGAUCCGAUGCCCGGCGAGAUGAUGGAGAUGAUGGAGAAGGAGAUGAUGGAUGAGGGGAUGAGGCGGAUGCACCGCAGGCCACGUCACUAUCGACUGGACAUACAGAUAUUCAUGGAUGGCAAGGAGCGCGGCUACCGUUCGCAUUACUAGAUGAUUGUGUUUGAAUUAAGCUUGAUUUGUGUGAAGUAAAACUAUCUAUAUAUAUAUAUAUUAAUUGGAAUUGUGAAUUAUACACAUCUUGAUGUGGAUUCCUCUACUAUGCAAGUUUUAAAGAAUUGUGAAUAUCAACUGCAUACGCAUUACAGAAAUGUUCUUAAUAAAAGUUAUUGUCCUAUUA